AUGGCCACUCAAGACGAGAUACAGAAAGCGGUGGACCAGUUCACACUUAACAUAGAUGUCUACCAGCACAUGACGUACACAACUCAGAAUCCCCCAGAGGGAAUGGCUACGUUCUCCGAGGCGAUCUUUAAGUGUGGGGCGUUGAUACAUUUUCACCCCUCCAUCAGAUCGAUCCUCUAUCACUUCGAGGUCGCACCAUUGCAAUUGACGCCUAAUGCGUAUAUGAUAGCGAUUGCUAUGUAUAUCGCAUGUAGCGAAAAUGGUCUUGCAAGAUUACAACAAUCCCAAUUAAAUUCAAGUAUUGAAUUUAUUAAAAAUUCAUGUGGGUCAACAAUGUAUCCUAAUAUAUGUUACAAGACACUCUCAUCUUAUGCAGGCACCAUAAAGACAAAUCCAAGAGAGUUGGCGAAUGCAGCCCUGUCGGUGAGCCUGAAAGAAGUGCAGUCUACUUCUGCAUUGGUACAAAAGUUUUCGAAAGGGCGUGACUUGAGGCCUAGAGAAGCCGGUGCCAUAAGGGAUUGUGUGGAGACGAUAAAAGACUCGGUUGAUGACCUGCAACAAUCUUUGGCAGCAAUGAAGGAUCUAAAAGGCCCUGAAUUUGAAUGGAAAAUGAGUGAUAUAUUAACUUGGAUGAGUGCUGCUUUAACAAAUGAAGAUACGUGCAUGGACAAUUUCGAAGGAUAUGGCAUGAAUGUGAAAAUUAAGGACACUGUUAGAGGAUGCAUUGUAAGGGUUUCGCAGUUAACUAGCAAUGCUUUAGCCUUCAUUAAUAAACUCAAAUACUAG